CAUCUUCAUCAACCAUUUCAUAUCUUUCGUUAUUAGAUCUUUCUUUUGAUCCUUUUUUAUUAACAAGCAUUUAAUCAACGAUUAAUGGCUCAAGAUGAUCAGGUAGUUCUGCUGGAUUUCUGGCCAAGCCCUUUUGGCAUGAGGGUCAGAAUUGCUUUGGCAGAGAAAGGCAUCAAGUAUGAGUACAGGGACGAGGACUUGAGGAACAAGAGUGCUUUGCUUUUACAGAUGAACCCUGUCAGCAAGAAGAUUCCUGUUCUUAUCCACAAUGGCAAGCCAGUUGCCGAGUCUCUCAUUGCUGUUCAGUAUAUUGAUGAAAUCUGGAAGGAUAAAGCUCCACUUUUUCCCUCUGAUCCUUACUCGAAAGCUCAAGCUUUAUUCUGGGCUGAUUUUGUUGAUAAGAAGGUAUAUGACCUUGGGAGGCAGAUAUGGGCAACAAAAGGAGACGCUCAGGAGGCAGCCAAGAAGGGACUAAUAGAAGUUUUCAAAACCUUGGAAGGAGAGCUUGGUGACAAGCCUUAUUUUGGGGGUGAGAGUUUUGGGUAUGUGGAUGUUGCAUUUGUCCCUUUCUACAGCUGGUUCUAUACCUAUGAGGUGAGCGGCAAUUUCAGCAUUGAAGCAGAGUGUCCCAAGCUUAUUGCAUGGGCUAAAAGAUGCGCAGAGAAGGAGAGUGUCUCCGCUUCUCUUCCUGACAAGGAAAAGGUUUAUGGAUUUAUGUUGGAGCUUAAGAAGAUGCUUGGAAUAGAGUAGGUAGGAAGGUCAUUGUCAAGUCAGGUGGGAGAUUUUUGCCAUGUAUUUCAGUUUACAGAGUUCAAAUUGAAUUUCUCUGUUGUUUUUACUCCAGUUAGAAAGUUUUGUGGGGACAGUACUAUGUCAUAUUUGUAAUAAAGACAAUGUUUUUUUUUGUUUUUAUUUUUUUAUUUUUUUGAAAGUAAUAAAGAAAAUGUUUCUUGAUAA